CAUUUUUUGCGGAAGCUGACGUUUCAUACGGCACACAAGCGGUAUAUUCCUUUUCAAUUCCCUUAUUUAUAAUAAAAAUGAAGAUAAUUACAACAAAACCGGUGUUCAAAUAGCAGUCCCAUGCUAGAAUGUCAGCAAUGUGGCCUGAGAAAGCUGGAUUUCUUGAUUGAUGGGAGCAUUGGCAGUGUUGCGUCAUGCCACCAGCAGUCCUCUGCUGUGGGGCUGGACUCCCAUCUUGUUUGCUCUUCUGGGCUCAGUAUUUGUCCUGCUGCUGCCUUUAGCAGGCAUAGAGGAGCAAUGCUGUGCCACCCUGAAGGGCAUUGCUCUCCUGCGAUGCCAGCUGUGGGGGGGUGUCCAGCGACCUACGGUUCACACGACCAGCCUGACGGUCCUGUUCACAGAACUAGAUCUACUUCCACAAAAAGUCAAGCCCAGUAAAGAGAAUCAGUUUGAGGCGAAGACGGCUCUUCAGCAGGCUUUGGAGAUGAAAAAGCAAGGAAAGCGAGAGAAAGCUCACAAACUGCUUGUUCACGCUCUCAAAAUGAACCCGGAAUUUGUGGAAGCGCUCACCGAAUUGGGAACCAUUCUGGAGGAAGAAAAGGACGUCGUCCAAGCAGAUCACCUCUACACCAAAGCUCUCGCCAUCUCGCCUUGCAACGAGAAAGCUUUGGUGAGCAGGGACCGCACUCUUCCCUUAGUAGAGGAAAUAGAUCAGCGGUACUUUGGAAUUAUAGAGGGGAAGGUAAGACGUCUCAUGUCUAUACCGAAGGGAAACUCUGCCUUGCGCCGUGUGAUGGAGGAAACCUACUAUCAUCACAUUUAUCAUACGGUUGCCAUAGAAGGCAACACGCUCACACUGUCAGAGAUUCGCCAUAUUAUAGAAACCAGAUACGCUGUACCGGGUAAGAGCCUUCAAGAACAGAAUGAGGUGAUUGGUGUGGACGCCGCCAUGAAGUACAUCAACACCACCCUUCUUUCCCGUGCCAAGGACAUCACCGUAGAUGAUAUCUUAGAGAUACAUCGGCGGGUUCUAGGCUACGUCGACCCCGUCGAAGCCGGGCGAUUCCGGACUACCCAGGUGUUUGUUGGGCAUCACAUUCCACCUCACCCACAUGACCUAGAUAAACACAUGCAGGAACUGGUGCAGUGGUUGAACUCAGAAGAGACGUUACAUCUACACCCUGUAGAGUUCUCAGCUCUGGCGCACUAUAAACUGGUUUACGUGCAUCCGUUCGUGGAUGGGAAUGGUCGCACAUCUCGACUUCUUAUGAAUUUGAUCCUAAUGCAAGCCAGUUAUCCGCCAAUCACCAUUCGUAAGGAACAGAGGGCAGAGUAUUACACUGCAUUGGAUACAGCCAACGAGGGUGAUGUCCGGCCCUUUAUUAGGUUUAUCGCAAAAUGCACAGAAAUUACACUGGAUACUCUACUCAUAGCCACAACGGAGCACGCAGUUGGGCUGCCUGGUGCUAGCAAUCACGCAUGCCCGGACUGUAAACAAACCAUACCUGCCCACAGCUGAGAAAUUUUAGUUUGUGGGGAAUAAAUCACACCUGUACUUUAUGUGCCAUUUAGGGACCAUGUGGGCUGCAGGAUGAUUCUCUGUUCAUAUCAUCUGUUUAAUGUAUUACUGUUGGUUUUUGAUGAUGUGUAGCCACAUUAAAGACUGUUUUAUCCUCAACUUUAUUGUCCGUUUUAAGUAACAAAUUGAAGGAAAGUUUAAUAGCUGUAAGUGUGAAAAGCCUGGUGAACGGUGUGUAGGACAUACCUUACGCACAACUGCAUUUAUAUUAGUUGUGUAAUUCUAAUUUCUUAAGUAGCUUGCUUUUAUUCAAAAAUCAAAACUUGGAGCGAAAAAUAGCUCUAAAAUCUCUAUUUAGUACGAGUCAUUUUCUGAUAAAUUAUGAAUUUGUGUUCUCGUGGCAUGAUUAUUCAUAUCUAUAUACUGUAGCUUAAGGUACAUAAGAGGAAACGUGACAUUCAGAAUUUUGAUCUGUUUGAAUAAUAGCUAUUUGCGUACUUUGCAAUCAUUACAAUUAUUCUUAUCUCUGAUUUUGUUAUGUAUAAUUGAAUAUCUUACGUUCAUGUAAUUUAAGGAUACAUACUGUAUACAGUCUGCUGCUCUUUAAAAUGUAAUUUAGCGGUUUUAUUGAGUACAAGAAAUAUGUAAGUGUUUGAGGGCAAAUAACAUUUCCUUUUUUUCUGGUUUAAAUAUUGACUAUAACUUUAAAAAGCAACCUUUAGCCCUUUCGUUGCAAUAUAGCAUAGCUAUAAUUUAUUUUGCUAGUUAAAGGCUAUUUCAGUCACAUUUUGGGUAUGGGUCACCAAAUCUGACAAAUAGGUCACUUUCACUUUUAUUGCUUUGUGUAUGGAAUAAAUUAUUGAACAGCUUUGUCUUAUUCACUUUUAGUAUUUAUGUGAUAAUUUCUUCUCGCCUCCUGUAUCCAAACACCACAACUUAAUUCACUUAGAAAGGGAAAGUUCACCCAAACAAAAAAAUGCUGUCAUCAUUCGUUCACCAUCAUGUUCAAAACAUGUAUAUGACUUUUCCUAAGUAUAAAGAUAUUUUGAAAAUUUCUGUGA